GCCCGGAAGAGGCGUGGCUCUUCGGAGGCGGCAAAUUGCAAGGAGACGCCGCCGCCUUCAUGCUGCCCCGGGACUGCUCGCGGAGGCUGAUGGCCGAGCUGCAGGGCGCCCUGGACGCCUGCGCAGAGCGACAGCUGCAGCUGGAGCAGAGCCUGCGCGUCUGUCGUCGGCUGCUGCAGGCCUGGGAACCAACCGAGACCCGGGCUUCGGAGCCACCUCCAGGGCCAGAAACUAAUGAAGAGGACCCGUCUCCAGCAUGCGCACCCAGUCCACAAGACCUCAAAGAGCUGGAAUUUCUGACCCAGGCACUGGAGAAGGCUGUACGGGUUCGAAGAAGCAUCACUAUGGCUGGAGAAACAGACAAGGCCCCCAGCCUGAAAUCUAGGUCCACUGUCGCUCCUCCUGGCGCGAUAGCCUUUGCCCCACCCCAGACCCCAGGCCAAGCUGGUGGCCAUGCUUCAGACACGAGACCCACCAAAGGCUCCUGCCAGACCACGGUGCCUCCCAAGGGCCACUCUGAGCGCCAGCUGCUGUCACUGGGGGAUAAGACUCGUGUCAGGACAGGAGCUCGGGCCCCCAGGCCUGGACCGGGCCUCAGGGACCAGCAAAUGGCUCCAUCAGCUGCUCCUAAGGCCCCGAAAGCCUUCACACUCAAAGAGAAGGGGCACCUGCUGCGGCUGCCUGCGGCAUUCAGGAAGAUGGCUUCCCAGAACGCGAGCCUGUGGGCCCAGCUCAGUUCCAUGCAGACCAGUGAUUCCACAGAUGCCACUGCUGCCAAAACCCAGUUCCUCCAGAACAUGCAGACAGCUUCAGGUGGGCCCCAGCCCAGGCUCAGCGCUCAGGAGGUGGAGGCGGAGACGGGGCGGCUUUGGAAGGCCUGCACGCUGCUGAGACUGCGCAUGAGGGAGGAGCUCUCAGCAGCCCCCAUGGACUGGAUGCAGGAGUACCGCUGCCUGCUCACGCUGGAGGGGCUGCAGGCCAUGGUGGGCCAGUGUCUGCACAGGCUACAGGAACUGCGUGCAGCGGUAGCAGAACAGCCACCAAGACCAUGUCCUAUGGGGAGGCCCCCCAGAGCCUCGCCAUCCUGUGGGGGUGGAGCAGAUCCUGCAUGGAGCCCCCAGCUGCUUGUCUACUCCAGCGCCCAGGAGCUGCAGACCCUGGCAGCCCUCAGGCUUCGAGUGGCCAUGCUGGACCAGCAGAUCCACUUGGAAAAGGUCCUGAUGACUGAACUCCUCCCUGUGGUAAGGGCCACACAGCUGCAGGGGCCACCCUGGCUGACCCUUUGCCGGGCUGCGCACAGCCUGCUCUGUGAGGGAGGCGCACGUAUCCUCACCGUCCUUAGAGAUGACCCUGUGGACUGAGCCUUUCCUGUGCUGCCCCCGCCCGCCUCCCAGGCCUCAGGACCACUUGGGUGCUGGCCUGCCAGGGAAUGUCCCCUCAGCCCUCUUCAGAAGAGGAUUGGGGAUGUUUU